UUGUAUGUUCUUUGCAGUGGAAGUGCGCGCGACAUUCAGUGUAGAGCUUCCAGGAAGAGGAGCUUUGGUGUUUACAGUGGUCUGUCACUUUCGAGUCGGUUCAACAGUUGGUAUUACGGUAUUGUUGUUCGUAGUUAGGCACAUACGCCCAGACAAUGGGUUUGUGAACGUUCGGAAGCCGUUCGUUGCUUGCGACGCAAUGAAACUUCUUGGGUUUGUGGAAGUGGUUAACCACCAACAUAAUGUACCGGUCAGCCGAUCCCGACACUCAACGUUGACUAUAUUCAGAGACAAAGAUGAGGCAGUAAUGUUAGUUCAGCAGCCAUCGAAUAAAAGAGGACAAAGAUACAAGAUUGCAGGUAAUAUUAUCAAGGUGUUCACCCAAUUUGUCUCUCAAGGGAAAGUAACAAUUAGAAUGAAGGAACCACCUCAUGAACUGAGACUACAGAAUGAACCUGUGCAGUUGAUGAGUUUCUUGAAAUUUCUAAAGAAUUGUUCUGGACCAGCAGUAUCAACAUUGCCAGCUGUUCCAGACAACCCAAAAUUUACAAAAGGACCUCCCACAACUGUGGUCAUAAAUUCUAUGAAGGAUUAUGGAAAGCUUGACAAAUUGUCCCUUAAUACUGAGAGGUUGCAGAUUUCCAAUAUUAAAAUUUCAGAAUUACCACGUUCUGUUGCACGACUGAAGAAAUUAAAUCUUCUAGAAGUCAAUGAUACUAAUUUAUCAGCUGUUCCACCAUUCAUAAAGACUCUUCCGAAUUUAAUGGAAUUGGUUCUUCCAAACAAUAAUUUGCGUACUAAUGACCUGAAUGUCAUUAUUGAAAGCACCUCUCUAAAGACCAAUCUCAGACUACUGGAUCUGCGGCAUAAUAAGAUUGCGGUAUUACCUAAUGAAAUUCAUCGCCUUCAGGCACUUGUUACUCUCAGGCUGGACCAUAAUGAACUCAAUACAAUUCCACAUACCAUCUCGAAUUUGAAGAAUUUGAGGUUGGAUUUUACAGAAUUUGGAUUGCCACUAGCGCUUCAGAGACACUUACAAUGUUUCAAAAUGUGCCACCUGUGUCAUAAAGCAUGUUUUGAUGAAUAUUUUAUUUUCUUUGAAUGUAUUCCUCUGAAAUUCUGUGUGGCAGCUUUAGUUUCAUCUGUGCCGGGUAUGACUGUACAUUAUUAUAUUUGUUCGCUCAAAUGUAUGUUGCUUGCAUAUCCGAAACUUAACAAGCAUUCUCAAGCAGGGCUGCGUUAUGUGAGUUACUCAAAGUAUUGUCAGUGUGAAAAGUAAUAAUCCAAAUAAUGAAGAUUAUAUAGUUCCUCUUAAAGCAUAAGGUGUCUCAUAUGCAUACAAUGCAGUUGAUCAUAGAACUGAUUGUCAAAUAUAAGUUGUCAACAAGAAACUUUCAAUUUUCUAAUAAAGUAAGCUUCCCUAUCUGUUAUGCAUUUUAUUUAUUUUGGGACAUAAUCACAAAUGAAAGCAUUUUUUAAUCUAGCCAGCUUUUUGCUUUUUGUUGUGAUUCUGGACAUUAUUAUUCUUUUGAAUAGGUUAUUCUAAUUUCGUAAGACACUGUACACAGAGUACUUGUAUGCACUAAAGUGCCGUAAUGCACAGACCUCUGUGGGUCCAUGAGUUACAAGUUGUUGAACAAAGAUCAGGUUUGGCAACAGUAUCUCUGGCUGGCUGCUUGAGUUUGCAAGUGCAAUGACUUGAUUGGUGAAAUUUGUGGCUAAGUAACUCAGAAAUGGGGCAAUGUAUCAAUUUGGUUCUUAACAAUUAUUUCACAGCACAAUACCUCCUGCAAAACACACUUGCAAGUUUUUCAGACUGUUCAUGAGCACCCUGUAUAUUCUGAAGCUAAAUAAACCUUUAAAAAGUU